CGGCACACACCGCUCUAACAACCUUGUGCGCCUCUAUUAGAUAACAAACAAUACAGAACGAAAACAACACGAAAUGAACGUCCUGACGCGAAAUUUAGCUCAAAAUCUGUUCAAAUACAAUGGUGCCGGGCUUAUUCAGGCGGCGGCAAGAAGCUUCAGCACCCCGGCACUGGACGGAAAGGAAAUUGAGAAGCUGGUGAACAACAGUAAGGUGGUCAUUUUCAUGAAAGGCAACCCGGACGCACCGCGCUGCGGGUUCAGUAAUGCGGUGGUGCAGAUUCUACGGAUGCAUUCGGUGAAGUACGACAGCCACGACGUGCUACAGAAUGAAGCGCUCCGGCAAGGCAUCAAGGACUUUUCGAACUGGCCCACUAUACCGCAAGUUUUCAUCAACGGGGAGUUUGUCGGCGGGUGCGACAUUCUGCUGCAGAUGCACCAAAACGGAGAGCUUAUCGAUGAGCUGAAAAAGGCCGGCAUCGAGAGUGCGCUGGCGAAGGAGGGCGAGAAGUAGGGAAUACUGUAAGACAUAAGCGUGUGCGUGCGGGGGUUUCGCGGGAUUAAGUGCGGCAAUAAAAACCAGUUUGUUAUUAAAGCCAUA